CCCGGACCUGUCGCCCCCCGAGAGUGGCUUCCCCGGCCGGAGACCUACAGGAGUCUCAAGCAGAGGCCGCCGUCCGGCCGGGGAAGUUCCGGAGCCCCCUUCCUACGGACCGCGCCCGGUGGAGGCAGGGCUCCCGCAGCCCCCGAGGCCUGGGCGAGAUCUGCCUUCUGGAGACUCUACCCAUCCUCAGGGGGAAGAGCAGGAAAGGAAGACAUGGCUCCUGAGCAGAGGGAAGCCAGCUCUCAGGUGUCAGUGACAUUCGAGGAUGUGGCCGUGCUCUUUACCCGGGACGAGUGGAGAAAGCUGCGUCCAUCUCAGAGAAGCUUGUACCAGGAUGUGAUGCUGGAGAACUACAGUCACCUGGUCUCGCUGGGACUCCCAUUUCCCAAACCAAAAGUGAUCUCCCUGUUGCAGCAAGGAGAAGAGCCCUGGAAGGCAGAGGAGGACCGUCCCGGAGGCGCCCCUCUCGGAUGGAAGAGCAGUCAUAAAACCACAAAGUCAACUCAAACACAAGAUUCUUCAUUUCAAGAGCUGAUAAUGAAAAGAUCCAAAAGAAAUGGACCCUGGGACUUCAAAUCAGAAAAUCCCUGCAUAUAUGAAGACAGAUUAGAGAGAAAGCAGAAGAAAAAAGAGAGUGUUCAGAUAUUUUCAGUCACCCAGAAAAACAUUCUUACUAUAGAAAGAAGACAUAAAAAUACUGAAUUUGCCCAAGACUUCAGCCCAAAGACAGUCCUCAUUAGGCAGCAGCUGAUUUCUAGUGAAAAAACACCACCAAAAUGUGAAAUACAAGGAAACAGCUUCAAACAGAAUUUAAAUUUACUUAAUCAACCAAAAAACAACACAGCAGAGAAACGCUAUAAAUGUAGUAUAUGUGAGAAAACGUUUAUUAACACUUCAUCCCUUCGUAAACAUGAGAAAAACCAUAGUGGAGAGAAAUUAUUUAAAUGUAAAGAAUGUUCAAAAGCUUUUAACCAAAGUUCAGCUCUUAUUCAACAUCAAAUAACCCAUACUGGCGAGAAACCUUAUGUCUGUAAAGAAUGUGGAAAAGCCUUUACUCUUAGUACAUCCCUUUAUAAACAUCUAAGAACACAUACUGUGGAGAAAUCCUACAGAUGUAAAGAAUGUGGUAAAUCUUUCAGUCGAAGGUCAGGCCUUUUUAUACAUCAAAAAAUCCAUGCUAGAGAAAACCCCUAUAAAUAUAAUCCAGGUAGGAAAUCAUCUAGUUGCAGCACAUCUCUUCCUGGGUGUCAGAGAAUUCAUUCCAGAAAGAAGUCCUAUUUAUGUAAUGAAUGUGGUAACACCUUUAAGUCUAGCUCAUCCCUUCGUUAUCAUCAGAGAAUUCACACAGGAGAGAAACCUUUCAAAUGUAGUGAAUGUGGGAGAGCCUUUAGUCAAAGUGCAUCUCUUAUUCAACAUGAAAGAAUUCACACUGGAGAAAAACCCUAUAGAUGUAAUGAAUGUGGAAAAGGCUUCACUUCUAUUUCACGACUUAACAGACAUCGAAUAAUUCAUACUGGUGAGAAGUUUUAUAAUUGUAAUGAAUGUGGUAAAGCCUUAAGUUCCCACUCAACACUUAUUAUUCAUGAAAGAAUUCAUACUGGAGAGAAACCAUGUAAAUGUAAAGUGUGUGGGAAAGCCUUCAGACAAAGUUCAGCUCUCAUUCAACAUCAGAGAAUGCAUACUGGAGAAAGACCCUAUAAAUGUAAUGAAUGUGGGAAAACAUUCAGGUGUAAUUCAUCUCUCAGUAAUCAUCAGAGGAUUCAUACUGGAGAGAAACCAUAUCGGUGUGAGGAAUGUGGGAUAUCUUUUGGCCAAAGUUCGGCUCUUAUUCAGCAUCGAAGGAUUCACACAGGAGAGAAACCCUUUAAAUGUAAUACAUGUGGGAAGACUUUCAGACAAAGCUCAUCACGUAUCGCCCAUCAGAGAAUUCAUACUGGAGAGAAACCUUAUGAAUGUAGUACAUGCGGGAAACUUUUCAACCACAGGUCAUCUCUUACUAAUCAUUAUAAAAUUCACAUUGAAGAGAGUUCCUAGAAAGUAGACUUAUAUAUGUGAAAGCCUUAAACCAAAGCUUACCAGAAUACAUGACAGUGAUGGAAUAAAUGUAAUGGAUAUCUAAAAACCUUUCUAUAAGUUAGUCAUCAGAUGUUAAAUUCCAAGGAUAAAUCUUGACUACAUAAUAGAUAAUGAGACAGUGGAAAGUGUUCAUGUGUGUCAGACACUUUUAAAAUAAACUGGAAUGAAUUCAAAACAGGAGCAUUAACUUUAGGCAGUUGUAAGAUAAAAGAAUUGUUUUAUCUCUACAGCAGUGUACACUAGAUACCAUAUGUGAUUGUCCAUAAUAUCUGGGCCAGGGGGUGGGGUGUGUACACUGGAUUUCUCGUUUUGAAGAAACUAUAAACUGGUAAUACUUUUUAAAAUAAGAUUUUAAUGGCAUAUAAAAGAUGUGAUCUAAGAAAUUACACAGUUUUAGAGAGAAGGACCAAAUAAAAGAUAAAAAGAACUGUAAACUACCUCUCAGCUUCUGGGGUUUGUCCUUUUCCUCACCGGAUGUCAAACUUUGUGCAUGAAUUUCAUUUAAAAAUAUAAAUAA